AUGACUACGAACAACAGUCAAAUUGGAAAUAGCCCAUCAACACCAUCGUUUGAAGAGAAUGCAAGUCAAUCUAAUAUUAAUCUGCUAUUAUUAUAUGAGAUUCAUAUAACAAAUGAAUCAACGCUACAAUUCAAUGAAAUUAAUAUGGUUCCAAGUCAAAUGCCAGCGAUUUCGAAUACUUCAGAACAUGAUAAUCUAACUCAAAGACGGGAAGUUCGACGAAGACGAGAACAACGAGAAUUACUGCAACAGGAACAAUUACAACAACAGCAACAGCAGAGGUAUUAUCAACAGCAGAGGUAUUAUCAACAGCAGAGGUAUUAUCAACAGCAAAGGUAUUAUCAACAGCAAAAUCGACAAAGAAGACAACAACAACAACAACAACAACAACAACAACAACAUCAAUGGUAUCACGAACCACGACGACGGCACUACAGAAACUUUUCGGAACGGUUCGAUUCAUUUGAAGAAUCAAUGGAUGAACUCGACAAGGAGCCACUUUUGGAAGCAUAUAUGUGGGAAAAAAUGGACCCAAAGGAACGAUGGGAACAAGAACAAAUAAAUGAAUUAGAAAAAACUCAUGUCAUCGAUCCAUUCGAACAAUUAAUAUUCAUGCAAGAUGAACUUGAACAAUCCGAACAAAUUGAUCGACUUCAGAGAUUACAAGAAGAGGAAGAACAAACUCAAUUGAAACAAUGGGAACAAGAACAAUUGAUGGAACAGAAUCGAGCUGAUAUUAUAGCAUAUGUAUCACAAGUAGAAGAUGAUAUUGAACAAUUAAAACAAAUUGAUGUUGUUCAAAAGAUGGGACGCGAUAUAGAUAGAAGAGAAUUACAACUGCGACAAAAAGAGUCCGAUGAUGUGGAAUUAUUUCAAUUGGAGCAAUGGGAAGAUAUUGUAUUCUUAGUUCAACAAUUAAAUUAA